UUUUUUUUUUUUUUUCAAAAAAAUAAUGAAAAAAGUCUUCUAUAGCCUAAUUAAUCCACCAGUCCCAAAAGCUUGCUUUCAUUUCCUUUCUUGAAUGACUAAACGAAACCCAUUUCUAUUAACAUCCUUUAAAAAGAUUGCUAAUUAGGGUUUUGAAUAUAUGAUGAAGAAACGCCAAGUUGUAGUGAAAAGAGAUAGUUGUAGUGGUUCAGGAGGAAGAGUUUCUACUACUUCUUCUUCGAUAGUGAGAACUGUUAGAUAUGGAGAGUGCCAGAAGAAUCAUGCGGCGAAUAUUGGAGGUUAUGCCGUUGAUGGUUGCCGGGAAUUCAUGGCAAGUGGAGAAGAAGGAACUAAUACUGCUCUUAUGUGCGCUGCUUGUGGUUGCCAUAGGAACUUCCACAGAAGAGAAGUGGAAACUGAAGUUGUUUCAACUGUGUUCUCUUAAUUUGUAUUAUAUCUCAAACUUCAAGUGAUGCAAUUAAUUACUCCUUCAACAAAAUUGAGGGUUUCAUUCCUUUCUUUAGUAAUUUUAUUAAUUUAUCAUCUUUGCCAAAUUUCUGUUGAUGACAAAGGGCUUGGAGAAGACAGGAUAAUAAUAAUUGUCCUUUCAUAAUUAUGAGAAGGGAAAUGAGGGAUUAUCCCAUAGAAGCUGCACAGGAAAUAAAUUACUAUAAAGCUAGCUAUUUGAAUCUCA